AUGGUAGAGGACAAGUACAUCGGCUUGACGCUGGCUUUGCUGGGCACUUUCUUGAUCGGGUCAAGUUUCAUCAUCACGAAAAAGGGACUGAUAGAUGCUGCUGCGCAAGGAAGAGAUACUUCUCACUCACAUCAACGGCAAAACGGCGCCAAGAAUGCCUCCGAUGACCUGCUGUAUCUCCAGAACCCAAUAUGGUGGGCAGGGAUGUUGACAAUGGUAGUUGGCGAAGUCGCCAACUUCGCAGCGUACACCUUUGCCCCAGCUAUUCUAGUCACUCCGCUUGGCGCCAUGAGUGUCAUUAUCGGCGCAAUAUUGGCGAGCUUCUUGCUGGAUGAGAAGCUGGGAAGAUUAGGCGUCUGUGGAUGUGCGAGCUGUAUAAUAGGAUCCGUCGUCAUUGUCCUUCACGCACCCUCAGAUAAAGAGGUGGAAACAGUAGACGAGAUCCUCGCCUAUGCUGCCAAGCUCCCCUUCCUCAUCUACUUGACCUUCUGCGGCGUCGUCUGCGGGUACAUGAUCUACCGUGUUGCCCCGACACACGGGACCAAGAACCCCAUGGUCUACCUUUCGAUCUGCUCUCUGGCGGGAAGCGUGUCCGUCAUGGCCAUCAAGGGAUUCGGUGUGGCUCUCAAGCUCACUUUCGCUGGCAACAACCAAUUGACCCAUAUCUCGACAUACGUGUUUGCUGUCGUAGUCGUUGGGUGUAUCUUGGUGCAGAUGAAUUACUUCAACAAAGCGCUCGAUACGUUCUCCACUAAUGUGGUCAACCCAAUAUACUACGUCUUCUUCACCACCGCGACCAUCAUCGCCUCUGCGAUCCUCUUCCAGGGCUUCAACACCACUUCGGCAGUCAACACGAUAUCCCUGAUAUGCGGGUUCUUGAUCAUUUUUAUGGGUGUCUAUCUGCUCAAUAUUUCGAGACAGGCGGACGCACCUCAUCAUGCCACCAGCCUAGAGUCGGGUCUUAUGAACCCCCGAAUGUCCAUGUCUGGCCGCAUGUCGACAGAUCGCGGACCAGGCACCGUAUGGAACUAUGGGCCCCUGCCCGCCUACGCCCCCGACGGGACCGCGCAACAAGGGCACGGCCGCCGUUCGAGCAUCUACCGCGCGCAAAAUUCCACGUUGUUCUCGGCGUUCGAGGAUGAUGAGCGGGAAGAGGACGGGGUGGCGAUGGAUGAUUUGGAAGAUGUCGAGAGUGACGAUGGGCGGGAUAGGAAGGGAUCGGGGCUGGAGGGGAGGAGAGCGGAGGGGAUGACGCAGGGGCAGGCGGCGGCCGGGGCAGGAGAGGGGAGGAGUCUGGUCGGUAAGAAGAUGGGGACAGGGAGAUGA